AUGACCCUGUCCUCACUGGUCCUGGUCCUGACAUUCCUGGGGCCUUCCCUGGUCAUGGGUGGCUUAGAAUCAUGUUCUGGAAGUCCAGGUAUCCCAGGAACCCCUGGUGCUCCAGGAUUGCCUGGCAGAGAUGGUCGGGAUGGUGUCAAAGGAGACCCUGGACCACCAGGGCCCAUGGGACCACCUGGAGGCAUGCCAGGGCUUCCUGGAAGGGACGGGCUGACUGGAGCUCCUGGAAGUGUGGGUGAACGAGGUGAAAAGGGUCAGCAGGGUGAGCCAGGACCUCCAGGGUUGCCUGCUUAUUUAGAUGAAGAGUUACAGUCUGUACUCCAGGACUUCAGACAGCGCAUCCUACAGUCAAUUGGAGUUCUCAGCUUGCAAGGCACCAUUUUGCAGGUGGGUGAAAAGGUCUUUUCUACAAAUGGUCAGUCAGUGAAUUUCCAGGGGAUCACUGAGACAUGUGCCAAGGCAGGUGGCACUGUCGCCACUCCAAAAAAUGCAGAAGAGAAUGCUGCUAUCAUGAGCCUGGUGCGGAAGUACAACUCAUAUGCUUACCUAGGCCUGGCAGAAGGGAAGACACCAGGGAAAUUCUACUAUCUCAAUGGAAGCCCAGUAAACUAUACCAACUGGUACUCAGGGGAGCCCGCAGGGAAAGGACGGGAGCCUUGUGUGGAAAUGUACAAAGAUGGCACCUGGAAUGACAAGAGCUGUCUGCAGUACCGCCUCACUGUCUGUGAGUUCUGA